AUGUUAACUCUUCGAAUUUGCACACGAAUUUGCACACGAUCGGAUACAAGCACAUGUCGUUUGCAAUCAACGUUAGCUGAAAAAAUGAAACAAGCUGUUUCCGGAAUCAACCCUAAUGAUAGUGAAGAAGAACAGAAACGAAUUUUGAGUGAAGAACGAGACAGUAAAGGUGAGCCGUUUCGUCCAGUAUUUUUAUAUCCAAAACGCAAAUUACGCAUGCAGUUAAACAUCGAAAGGGAAACAGGCCAAAUGAAAGUGCAAAGUUUACCACGUGGUGAUAUAUUUCAACGAAUGAUGGUUCGUCGGCCACGAAAAGAGGAAAUGAGUACCGAACAAGAUUGGCCAAGUGUUUGGCCAGUAGCACGUUCAUUUCGAUCCUCUGUGGUACCACUUCCAAUUCGGAUGGGUGCUAGGAGGCAUCCAGAAAGGAGAGCACCUUUUAAAACGGAAGGUAAUUUAGAAUUGGUCAAAAUACCAAAUUUUCUUCAUCUUACUCCAGCAGCUAUUGAAAGGCAUUGUAAUGCAAUUAAAAAAUUUUGUACAAAAUGGCCAGAAAAAUUGGAUGAUAAUGCACGUCAUAAAUUUUUCCCUUUAACAGUGUCUUAUUGUGAUUACGUACAUCAGGGUAACUCGUUACGUGACAUGCGUUCACGUGUCAUUAUUGUUCAGCUUAAGUUAUCCGCACUUUAUUUGGAUGAUCAUGCUGUUGAUAAACUAAUUCGAUUAGUAGGCGAUAGGUAUAAUCCUGAAAAUGAUAUGCUAACAAUUGUAACUGACAGGUGUUUUACAAGAAAACAAAACUAUGAUUAUGCUAUGUAUCUUCUCAUUGCUUUAUAUAAUGAAUCUUUUAAAGUUGAAGAUUGGGAAGUAAAGAAACCCGAGGAUAUCCGAUUAAUAUCACGAACAAUUGAUUUCAAGGGUUCCAAAAUGGAAAAUGACUUGCAAAAUUUACUUAUUAACAUGAAGGAAGAAAAGGGAAAUGAAACAAUUACGAUGCAAAAAAUGGACUCGAAACUGGAGGAAUUUAGUAAAUCAUGGGAAAAUUACCGAAAUAGUAAAGAGACAUUCGAAACAGUUCGCAAUUAUGCAGAAUCAAUCAAAAAAUUACUUGGAAUUUCUCAAUCACUGGAUCAAUCGGCACCAUAG